AUGUUCAAUUCAUGCAAACCUUCCAGCACCAGCUCACCUUCCAGUGAGUCACAUGAUGGGAAUUCCUCGGGUCCAGUUGAAGGGAGGGCAAGACGAGUUCCAUUUUGGAUGCAAGAUUAUGAAAUCAGAGAGGGCUUGUCAGAAGAAGAAGACGUGAGUGCCAUGAUGAUUCUCACAGAAGCUGAUCCCUUUACUUUCGAGGAAGCCAUGAAGAGCAAGAAAUGGAGAGACACCAUGAAUGUAAAGAUUGAGGCUAUUGAACUUAAUAAAACAUGGGAUCUGACUAUCCUACCUGCAGGAGUAAAGACCAUUGGAGUUAAAUGGAUUUUUAAAACAAAACUCAAUGAAAUUGGUGAGAUAGACAAAUGCAAGGCUAGACUUGUGGCAAAUGGAUAUGCACAACAAUAUGGGAUUGAUUACACAGAAGUUUAUGCUCCAAUUGCAAGACUAGAUACCAUACGUUUGGUAAUUGCCCUAUCAACUCAACAAGGUUGGAGUAUUUUUCAGCUUGAUGUGAAGAGCGCAUUUCUGCAUGGUGACCUUAGUGAGGAAGUGUUUGUCCAACAGCCUCAGGGAUAUGAGAAGAAGGGCGAGGAACACAAGGUUUAUAAGCUGAAUAAGGUCCUAUAUGGCCUCAAACAAGCUCCACGAGCUUGGUACAGCAAAAUUGAGGCCUAUUUUGCCAAAGAAGGCUUCGAAAAAUGUUAUUGUGAACGCACGCUAUUCAAAAAGUCGAAGGAAGGAGGUAAGCUCUUAAUUGUCUGUCUUUAUGUUGAUGAUUUAAUCUUUACUGGGAAUGACAUGAGCAUGUGUGAAGAGUUUAAGAAGUUGAUGAUGUUAGAAUUUGACAUGUCUAACCUGGGGAAGAUGAGAUAUUUUCUGGGGGUUGAAGUACUACAAAAUUCUGAUGGGAUUUAUGUGAGUCAAAGAAAGUAUGUUCAUGAAGUUUUAGAAAGAUUUGGCAUGAACAACAGGAACUUGGUGAAGAACCCCAUAGUUCCAGGUUGCAAAUUGUCAAAGGACGAGAAGGGAGCUAAGGUUGAUGCAAGUGUGUUUAAACAGGUGGUUGGCAGUCUUAUGUACUUAACUACAACCAGACCUGAUUUGAUGUAUGGUGUGAGUCUUAUCAGCAGGUUCAUGUCGUGUCCUACAGAGCAACACUGGUUGGUAGCGAAAAGAUUGCUUAGAUAUUUGAAGGGAAUGACUAGUCUGGGGAUUUUCUACAAGAAAGGAGGGCCUAUUCAGAUAGUGAUUUUGUUGGAGAUGUAG